AUGGACCUGUUUGCAAACUGUAUACAUAUAAUUCGACGGUAUCAAUUAUGCGCGUCUACAUUCCUGGCGUUCAUUCUGGAGGCGACAGAAAGAAUUGAGGGCCGUUUCUCUGUCAUUCAUCCCCCGUUGGAAGAAGACAUCCUGAAGCUUUGCUCGAACUUGUAA